AUGGGACCAAGCACACGUACUAGCAGCGUCUACAAGCUCAUGGACGAGCUCAUGGAGGCGCAGGCGCUGGCCGCCGAUGCCAACAUGUGCAAGCUGGCGCGCGCCAGAGCCUUCUCCAAGAGCGCCGCGGGCCAACCGUCGAGCGCCACCGACGUCUUGGCAGCGACCGUCACCAACGUCCCGUCCACGGCCACCGCCGCCGACAUCGCGGCCUUUUGCAAGCAAAAGCUGGACAUCUUCGACCGCUUUCUCUCUGUGUCGAUGGCGCCGUAUAAAGACGGCAAGACCGGUCGCUCCACCGUCUACGUGGCAUCCCACGGCGACUACACACGUCUCCUUGGGCUGGACGGCGUGCGGUGGCGCCGCGAGACGCUCAACGUCAAGGAAGCCGCGUCCGUCACGCGCUCGGCAUGCGCCGACAUUCUGAGCCGCUGA